ACCCUAAACGAGUAUAUAAGACAUGUUCAUCUGCCACAGAGUAUAGUCGGUGUACAAGUUUCUGUUAUAAACAUUGUGACUUUUUUUUAUUUUAUUUUUUUUUUAUUAAAUCAUGGCUAAGUUCGCAAUCAUAACUCUCGCGUUAAUAGCAGCAAUGGUGGCAUCAGGCUCUGCCACCCCCUACGGAGGAUACGGCGGUUACGGCGGCUACGGGGGCUACGGAGGGUAUGGCCAUCACGACCACCACGACCACUACCAUCACGAUCACCACGGCCAUCACGAUUACCAUGGACAUCACGAUUACGAACAUAAGGACAAACCGAAAACCACCGAAGCGCCUAAAACAACCACCACCACAACUACAACCACGACAACAACCCCUCCACCCCCUCCCCCACCCCCGAUGGAGCAACAGGCGGACUUUGCCCAGAUCUUUGGCCAAGGUUUUGAGCAGCAGACCAGUUUUAACUCCCAAGCAUCAGCCAGUGGGCAAAUAGGCUUCAGUCAAACUGUCCAUUCGCAAGGUGCCCAAGCUACUCAAGAGACCAAAACGCAAAAGCCCUACAAAGAACAUAAGGAACACGGCAACUACGGCGGCUAUGGCCACGGCUACCACGGAUACCAUGGUUACGGACACUAUUAAGGCUAUUUAUUUUGUUUAAUGUAAGAAUUAAAUAUUUAUUAUUCGUACUUUUGUUUUUAUUUUUCGAAGUAUAUAGAGGUAGACGAGCAUAUAGGUACACCAGGCCCAAUCCUAGACUGUCUUAGAACCGACCUACUGAGAAUGACAAUCCAAGUAAAUACUUUGUCUUCCCCGAGAAUCAAAUCCAAAACCUAGUUGGCCUAGCUGAGGUGAGAGAGAGUAAUUCAAACUUUUUAUAAUUAAGACGCAAUUUAGCCUUCUUGUCUAUUAUAAAAAUCUGUCCACUGAAAAGAAAAUAAAAAUUCUUCUAAAAAUAUUUAGAUUCUACGUUCAAAAUUUCGUAAUAAGAAAACAAAGAGCAAACUGAUUCAGUAUAACUUUAAAAUUCAUCAUAAAACCAUACUAAUUUUUGUAAAAUCUAUAAAAAUAUUUAUUUUUUAGAACAAUAACAUAGUAAAAUUAAUAAGAAAUAGGUAACUAUAUAGUAUCUAAUAAUAUCUAUUAUAGUAUCUAGUAUUUUUAUUUUAUAACAAAAUUUCUACUGCAAGAUGUUCGGCUUCGGAGGAUGCGGCGGAUUCGGAGGACCCCAGGGCUUCAGUGGUCCUCAAGGCUUUGGAGGCGGUUUUAGCGGACAGAGCUUUGGUCAAGGAUUCGGCCAAGGCAUGCAGGGCGGAUUUGGACAAGGCCAAAGCGGAUUUAGGCCCGGGAUGCAGCAAGCCGGGUUUGGCGGAGCAGGGUUCAGUAGCGGCGGCGGCGGCCAGGGAAGCUUCGGAGGCAACCAAGGCAUGUACGGCGGAAAUAUGCAAAAUGGUUUGCAAGCUGCGCGACAAGGCCAAGGACAAAGUCAAAGCGGCUAUAGCCAGCAGGCCAGCUACGGAGGCGGCCAGGCCGGCUACGGGGGCAGCUACCAAAGCAGCGGAUACGGUCAAUAGUCCUGUCCUGUCCAUUGUGCAAUAUAACUUUACUAUAAGUGUAACAAGUUUGUGAUUAAAAGUCAGCGUUAUUUGCGUUAUAGUCAUGUCUUUUGAAAUAAAACGUAUUAGUGAGUUA